GCCUGCGCUUUCAUUCCCCCAGAAUAAGCAAUUCGAUAAUCGAAGCUAGCGAGAUGGACUGUCGGAGUUGUUCCCACAAGUUGACAAGUAUCCGUACACUACGCAUGCGAUGCCGCCCCCGGCCUGGCCGCCAUCAGAUACAAGCGUACAAAGUAACGACACUUCUUCAGUUGUUCUAGGUGUCCAUUCUGAAAUUGCCUUCUGUAUUUUUCGCCCAGACACUGGCUGUUCCUGUCUAAUAAGUAAAUAUGAGCUUGACCGUAUGUGAGGGAAUGGCUUGGAUACAGACCUGCAAGUUUGUUCUGCUCGUAUCGGCUUUCAUCAUGGCGCAACCUUCUGAUAGGGCUCUGGAGCCCGAGUAUGGACAUGUCGAUGCCCCUCGGCUGGUGACGAGAAUAAUCGCAACGUUACACAUAGGCAUCGGUGGCUUAUAUACCUCAGAAACCCCGAUAGCUGUGACGAGACUGGUUACACAGAGUUUGUCUUCUGGAAACCAGGAAGAAGCAACAAUGACAAAGCAGACAAAGAACUACCGCUUCUUGUCAUACCCAUCGCCCCUGAGCCACUAUCAACGGUGGGAGACAAGACAUCAACGAUGUGGAAGCAAGGGGUGUGUGCCAUGAGGUCCGGCGUCAAGUUGCAUACCUACCUUUGAGCGUGUGAAGGGAGUUUUCCAGGACGCAAACAGAAACAUCAAUAGAUAUAACCCGUACGCCU